AUGUCACAAACGAUUAUUCUAGCAACAUCACAAACAACUUCUGCUGUUGCGGCGCCUAGUACUAGCGCAACAGGUACCACAGCGUCGACAUCGACAUCGACAUCAACAUCGACAACAUCGACAUCAACAUUGACAACAUCGACAUCAACAUCAACUGCAACAACGAUUCUCUCGUAUGUAUGGAAUUCGACCGGCAACACUGUUGUCAGCGACUCUUGCUGUAGUGCAAACGCCUUGGCUAUUGACUCGUCCAAUGCGCUCUAUGUCGUCCAGAGUGCAAAGAAUCGAGUUCAAAAAUAUAUCAUUGGAGCGACGAACAACAGUACAACAGUAGCUGGUAACGGUAGUGGUGUAGCGGGAUCAUCUUCUUCUUUGCUGAAUAGUCCUAGUGAUGUCGCUGUGGAUUCAAAUGGCAAUGUUUAUGUGUUGGACCAAGCGAAUAAUCGUGUUCAGCUGUGGUAUAAUGGUGCAUCGUACGGAGUAACUGUUGCAGGCACAAAUAGUUCAGGAACGGCAGCCAAUCAACUUAACUGCCCAUACUUCAUGGCACGCGACCCAACCACGGGUACACUUUACAUUUCGGAUAGUGGCAAUGGUCGUGUCAUGCAAUAUCUAUAUAAUGCAUCGAUUGGUACCGUCGUUGCUGGUGGUUAUGGAAUAGCAAACGGUCCUACUCAAUUAGAUUAUAAUUCUGGUGUCUACUUUGAUUCAUCAUCAAAUAGCCUUGUAAUUGCUACCUAUCUCGGCAACAAUAUAGUUCGAUGGAAAUUAGGAUAUAGCAAUUGGACGUUAAUCACUGGUAAUGUAAAUGGUACGUCUGGCAGUUCAUCGACAAUGCUCUAUAAUCCUAUGGGUUUGACACUCGAUCCAUCCGGCAACAUCUAUGUGGCCGAUAGAAACAAUCAUCGCAUACAAUUAUUUUCUAAUACAUCAAAUGGCACUACAAUUGCUGGCAUUACUGGUUCACCAGGAAGUAGUGCUACUCAGCUCAAUAGUCCUUCAGCAGUGGCAUUAGACUCACAGCUGAAUCUCUAUGUAGCAGAUACAGGAAACAAUCGAAUUCAAAUGUUUUCACGCAGUUAA